AUGAAACCUAAAAUCACAAAGAAGAAUCAAAAUUCAAAUGAUUAUGUGAAGGUUUCUAAUGAGGGUAACUCUCAGAAAUCCUCCUUGUUCCCGAAAAAGGCUGUUAUCUCGGUAGAUGAUGAAUAUUCCGAUCCAGAAAUUGAUGACGAUAUUGAAAAUAACGAUAUCUCAAUAGAACUUCAACAUGUUGAUCUAGUAAAUCUUCACAAGCCUCUUACGGUCUCGAGAUACGCAGAGAUAAUAUUUCGAAACGAUUACAAUGCAGAAGCUGACUUUGUGUGUAAUCUAGAUACAUUCUCUCAGGUCCAGGAUGAGAUUACACCUAAAAUGAGGAAAAUUCUUGUUACAUGGCUGAUAAAUGUUCAUAAUGACUAUGGAUUUUCUAAUGAUACGCUAUAUAGUGCAAUUAAAUAUCUCGAUAUAUACCUUUCUAACAAGAAAAUUGAAAAAAACAGACUUCAACUUCUUGGUGCCGUUUGUUAUUGGAUGUCUUGUAAAGUUAACGAGAUACAAAUUCCAUAUGUUUCAGAAUUAUCAGAUUUAUGCAACAUAAAAUACACAAAUGCGGAAUUUUAUUCACUAGAAACAGAAGUCUUUACAAUACUCAAUUUUCAACUUAACUUUCCAACAUACAAAGGAUUUCUUAGAAGAUAUCUAUCAAUAAUCGGCUCAAAUACCACGAUUCAAGAUAUUUCUUCCAUUAUUUGUGAAUCAUCUUUGAAUAAUUUUAUGCUAUCCUGUUGCCUCCCUUCGGAAGUUGCAAUUGCCAUUAUACUUGUUGCUUAUACAGCUCUAAAUUAUAUUCCACCCAUCGAAACACUCAAAAAAUACUUGAAAAUUAAUGAUUUCGAAGUAAUCAUUGUUAUUGCAGAGUGUGUGUUAAGUACAGUAUGCGAAUUAAUAGAAAGCAAAGGAGGAGCAACAUAUCAGAAAUAUAUGGACCAUUUUAAGCCAGGUCAAGUUAAUUUUUCAAGAGAUCUAAUUAAUAUAAUCAAAAAACUAUGUUAA